GCAGUACCUAUUGUCAGUGGUGAAAAGUGACUGAGUACAUUUACUCAAGUACUGUAUAAGUAUACUUUUGAGCUACUUUACUUGAGAAUUUCAAUUUACAUACUUCAUACUUUUACUUCAGAGUGAAAUAUUGUAGUUUUAUAGGGUAUAGGCCAAUCUGACAGAUAUGGUCACUAGUCACUUUGCAGACUUUAUUUUAAUUGGGUUUUACAUUAAAAAAAACAUACGAUAAUCUUGAUAAAAUACAAUAUAGGGUAAUGUACGGUAGGGUAGUGUAAUUCUUCCCAAUUUGCAGUGUAAUUAUUUGCAGGCUACUAACACUGUACCAGUGCAGUACGUACUGAUUACAUACAAUUUGGAACAACGGAACAAGAUGUGAAGUUCGCAAUAAUCUGGCGUUUGGGAGGAACUUAAAGAGUACUUAUACUGAUGCAUAAAAGCAUUGAGAGGAAAGCUGGAAUUUCGAGGCCCUCAUCCAGUCUUCGACCUCCUCCGCUGUUCCGCAGCAUCGGACCGCCGGGGCCCUCUGCCAGCCUGCCCCCACACCGACGACUGCGCUCUAUGUUCUGCAGGUCCGGAGCUGUGCUGCCUGCAAACACACACCCCACUGAAGCUUCGGAUACACACACCUUUACGGACAUACAGUCAGGCAACCAUGCUCAUACAAGUACGUGUCCACUGGGGUGCAAUGAUGCACUUCAGCCUGAAAUGGACUCAGAUCUACGCAGGAGAGCUGCGUUUAGGUCAGGGGUUUUUGCAGACACGUGGUCUGUGGUGUCAGCAUGCCCUCAGACACAAAGCGGGCAGCAGGACAGACAGCUGUUUUCUCACCUCUGUCCAUCUGCAGGAGCCAAUGGCAGAAACAGAGGCAGACAGGGCAGAUUGGUGACUCCGCUUCAGACAUCAGAGGCUCCUGCGAUUAAAGACAAGCGGCAGCAAAAGAGGAGAAAGAGGAGCUAUAAGGUGGACUGCGCCGGGAAACAGAAAUAUGUAGUGGCAUCCCUCACUGACAAAGAGAGAGAAGGUGCCAGGCUCUGUGAGUGGUUACAAAGUCUGGCCAUUGCAGACAGCAAUGAGAAGGACUCCGUCACUACAAAGCAGCGGCGAUUUGUGUCCAGAUGCAGGGGGGUGACGGGCCACGGACAGCAAGACACAGCGGCAAGCCACAGGAGAGACAGACGCCCCCACUUCCUACCUCCCAUCUGUCAGUCGGACUCCCUCCUGCAUGUGUCCCUCCUCCUCCUGCCUGAAAAGUCGCCCCCGCCCUCAGCCUGCACCUACCCAGACGCCCCCAUCCCCUCCCUGCCUGUACCGCUGCUGCAGCCACUCUCAUCACGGAGGAAGUGAGAGGCUGCUGGCCGACCAAAGAAGGGAGACCACUGCAACACACUGACCUCUGUGAAGAUGUUAAGGUCGUGUUGAGUAGCUGGUAGAGCUGUUGCAUCUGUUUGCAUUAUUAUUAUGUCGUGUUUUUUUUUUUUACUCCUAACAUAUUCCAUACAAGGGGGACAAAUAACAUAAACACCUUGCGUUAUGCUGUAGAGCAGUGAUUCACCCAGCCAGGGGUACUUGUUCCCCAGAGGUCACAUGUUUGGGGAAAAAAAAUACAAAUUAUGAUUUGAUUUAAAAUCAUAUAUGGACAUACUGAGUCAGCUGUAACACUUGAACACCACCUGUUGCAAUUGAGAGGGCAUGAAAACUAUAGUUGAGCAAGUGAGCAGAGAAGUCUAAAGAAUUAGCUAAAAGUAAAUGGAUAAAUGGUUAAAAAAUGGCUGAAAGUAAUAGAGAGACAGAUGAAGGAGUUAGCUAUAAGUAGUUGGUACAUGGUUGACAUGUCCACAUUCUGCCACUCCAGGUGCUAGUAGCACGAAUGCAAACUUGACCAAACAGAUCUAAAUAUUGACAGUUCAUUUCUAUGAAAAAAUAUUGUAAUUUGAUAUAAUUAAUAGUUUAAUAACAUCCAGUUUAAAAUCAAUUCAAAAUGACACACAUUCGGAACAUGACGGGUGGUGCUGAUGAAGGGUUACUGUGGGUUCCAUUAGACAAAAAAGGUUGGGAACCACUGUUCUAGACGUGUUCAUGGUAUUGCAUCUGUCCCCUGUAUGGACUAUGGUGGAUGAAAUUCCUUAACUAGUCCCAGUUGUUCAGUUUUUACAGCGCUGAGAGAGAUGUUGAUUUCAGGCUCCUGGUAUUUUUGUUCUACCCUGUUUUUCUGUGUCUUGUGCUCAUUUGUCCAGCAGAGGGCGCUGUCCAUGGAACAGACAGGAGGUGGUGGGGGGAUGUUUAUUAGAGUGUGGUCGUUGGGGCCCGAACAGAGCGGUGCUCUGUGUCCCUGCUGAGGUGGGAUCUGUGUGUCAGGACCAGAACACACGAGCCUCAGUCCUUCUUACCGCUCGCCUCGCAUAUCCCUCCUGCACAUGUUUACCCUCAAACGCAGCCCAAACUGUUUGUGAGUGAGGCUCUUUUUUCAAGACAGCUCGCCCCCCCAGCCCACUUUCCGCCAAAUAAACAUUGCACCGGAAAUUGCAGGGAUAUCUGGGAUUUUUGAGGGGUCUCGGUGGAAAGGAGGAGAGGCCUUGAACAAGGGUGCUCUCUGUGACACCUUGGAGGUGAGGGGAGGCGAAGACGCAGAGGGUGGGGGUGGGGGUGGUGGUCCAGAAGGGAGGGUGUGACCUUGCCUUGGGUGGUUAGUGGGGUGGGCAGCAUCAGUAAGACGCAUAUCCACUGACAGGUACAGGUACAGGUGACCCAGUUUCCUUUGACCCCUUCAGGAGCGCCAGGGCCCGGAUUGCGUGCCACGGCUGACCUCGCUCAUCACAGAAGGCGCUGACCCAGGCUAAAGGUCAAGAGGAAAUGAUACUCUGUGACGCAGAGCAAACUCUACUGAGUGUCAACCUCACAGAUAACGACUUCUUAGGAUCGUUGGAACUGCUGCACCUGAUUGUUCUCCUCCUGCGGCUGUUUAUUCCCACUCUCUUCCAUCCUGACUGCACAAGCCUGCAGUUGGGAAUACAAAAGCCAUUGAUGAAGCCGAGGUUUCAUAACAGCCCCUCACAAAGCACACAUGAAUGGCAGGGUGUGUCAUCUUUGAGUACACAGAACCCCCCCCACCCCUCCUUUGUGUGUGUGAGUUUUGUUGUCCCAGCUCACUCCCCAUAAACCCAGACGUCUUUAUUUAAUAAUAACAGCCUGGUGGCAUACCCGGAGGAAAAGCACACAGUAUAACGUCUGUUGUUGAGCAGAUUGCGCCAAGAGGAUGAUUACAGUUGAUGACCUUGUAUUUAUUUCAAUUAGUGUGAAACUGUAUCCACUGUGAUCUUUCAGUCUCCUCACAUGUCCUUUUUCUGGUCAUCUUUUUUUAAAAGUUGUGACUCUUCUCUUUCUGUCUGUGCUUACCACUGGCCUGUAAUUGGGAUUCUCUGACAGUCUGUUCCUUAUGUGCACCAUGUCUUGAUUAUAGUCAAUUAGGCCAAAUUCAAUAUAUAUAUCUCUAUAUAUCUAUAUAUAAAAAGAGAGAUAUAUGGGAAAACAGGAAUUGUACAAAUAGUUCAAAUGAAUGCCUUUCUCAUCUGUCCCUGAAGGUUUUACUGCAUGAAUAUCUUAAAACACAGAGCUACAUACUGUAUUUAGAUUACGAUGAGUAUGCGGCCACAUGCGAGCAUGAAAUAUAGCAAAUAUUGACAGGAAUGUGUUUGGAGGUAGACACGUGUAUGGAAUGACACACCUGACAGCUAUAUGAGUUUUGGUGUAUGUGUGUGUGUGUGUGUGUGUGUGUGUGUGUGUGCACCCUCCCUGUCAGCCUUUUCCCAGCUCUACUCUUACUCCGAUCUAUGUUUCAGUGUUUGGGAAGUCAACAGUAGAGUUCCUGUUCUUGGUUUAAAAAUAACUUUUGCGACUUAAAUUCCUUGCCCCCCUCCUCUCAUCCUUUCUUACUGGCACUCUCCUAACCUCUCUCCCUUUGCUUGUUUUUCUUUCGCCUUUCUUCUGUUUUGGAACAGGCUGUGCACUCUGCGUCUUUCUUUUUCAUUCAGUCACCUUAUGUCUGUCCGUGCUGCACACACACACUCACACACACACACACACACACACACACACACACACACUCACACACAGAGAACAUUUUUAAAAAUGAUGGUAAUAAUAUAGGCCUAUGUGCUUUGUUACUCGUGACAACAGAACAAAUUUCCUUCACUUUGCCAAAGUGGUUGUCUUCUUUUUUUAAAACACAUUUUAUUGCCAUUUUCAGAAAGGACAGAGUUGUUAAGGCACAAGUACAGACAACAACAAGACACAUAAAGAAAAAGAGAAUAAAAACCAUAAUAAUAACAACAAUAGUGGCAAAAGAACAUAAAAUACAUCAGACAAAGGUAAGGAUGUUGCGGUUAUGGGGUAUGCGCCCUAACCAUAUGGCACCCAUACAAUUUCACUUUAGGACGAGAAUAAAAUAAAAGACCCUCCCCUGCUCUCCCUAAAAAGUCAGACUAAGAAAAAGUACAAUACCCUCCCCCUUUUGUGACCCCCCCGAAAACUUACUUCGCUUACAAAGUGUUUGUAUAAUAAAGACAUCUGUCCCCUUG